AUGUCAACACUCGAGGAAACCGUGAUCGUACAAAACGGAACUGUAGAAUGCAGUGAAAGCGAACACGUGGCCUCGUAUCUCGCUGGUAUAGUUUAUGUGGACAUUGGAAGCCUGCAAAUAAAGACGAAGAUCUGUGGUGAGGAGGCCUUAGUUAUUGCUGGCACAGGAAAGGAAGGCAAUUCGAAUGGAAAGGGAGACCAAGCAACAUUUGCGCAGCCUAUGUGCAUAUGUGUGGAGCACGAUAAGAACAUAUUCAUCUCCGAUGCUCAAACAGGCUCUGUGAAGCUAAUUACCGCAAUAAAAGGCAUUGUAAAGUAUUUAGGCCAUCUUGGUCUCCUGUAUAAAGCCUUUUCUGUUCAUAUGAAACAUCAGACUGUACCAAUACGUUCCCUACCACAAGCAAUCGAGCUUCUGGAAGAACUUGACAGUUACUUGGAAACAACAACAGAAAAAGCGUUGUCGCAUAGCAACGAUGUAAACGAUGCCAGCACAGGUAAACCAAGCGGUUCUCAAGGAACUAUUUCUAAUCAGACAAAGCGUUCGGUUAACAUGAUAUUAAAUGGACUGAAAGAUCUGGAGGCGUUAGUUAAAGAACAUAACCCAAGCUUCGCCAUUGAUCUGUACUCUUGUCUAACAGUUCAGGUUGAAAACCUACACGCGGUUGGUCAUUUCAAGGACCAGUUUCCUACCCUUUUGCAGUACGCACGGAAUCUGGCAAAUACCGUAUACGAAAGCAUUAAGCGUGUAGUACCCUGGAGUGCCUACUACUUCACACAUGAUAAAUCAUAAUAUCCCGUGUUGCGCCAGAGCACUCCACUAAAUGCCAUUCCGAAGCUGGAGCAUCUUAAGGCAAGAAGGGAGUUAAAUAGGCAGGAAAAAGACCUCAUGAUUGAGUGGGCGACAAAUAAUGGGAGGGCUGCACGACAGAGAAGUGUGAGACAAGAGACCACCAUGUUCAAGGCCGGAACAUUGCCGUUAAACAUGUACAGAACAUCAGACUAUGCUAAAGAUAAAGUCUCAUUCAGCCCUAACAUUGUCAAAGAGGAGACUGUUACGCCUUCUACAUCGCACGAGGCCAUUGAAGAAGUUCAAGUAGUAGAGGAAGCCGAGGUAGAAGAGGAGGAAGAGUAUGACACUGACUCAGACGCUGAAUAUCCUAUUGCUGACAAUUACGAGGUAGGUUCUUUAGACGAUUUGUUGUUUCUUCGGGCAGUUACAACGCGAAGUGGACGAAUGGUCAGAGUCGUCCAUCGAGAGUGA